AUGGCGACUUCCGUAGACAUAUCUUGGCUGAACACCUCCAGCAGCAUCUUCAUACGCACGUUCUCGAGAUUGAAGUUCCUGGGCUCGAGGAGAGCAUAUUAUUCUGUCGUCGAGAGGAUGCCGGACUGGCUCAUGGCCAGCACACUAGGCAAACGAGCAGCAGAGGAAGGACUACCCAGCGAGGGGACCAGGGCCAAGUCGGCCAAGGGAGAGGGCAAGGGAGAGGAGUCGCGCGCCAACGCCAGACUGCUUCGGCAGCUAGAGUCCAGAGUCCGCACGCUGGAGUUCGGAGCGGGCCUCACGGUGCACGGGCCCAGCGACGCGGAGAUUGCGGCGGCCCUCAAGGGCACGUACGCGGAGUGCCAGAAGAAGACGGAGGGCAAGGCGGGGGCGCACGGUCUCGGCCUUCCAGAGUUGCAGAGUUUUGCCGCACUUCUGAGCGCUUUCAACGUCUGGCUCGAGAAGCAGGGCGCAGCGCAGGACUCGGUCAAGAACCUCGCGGAUGUGCCCAAUCGGCUCCUCCUGAUGAUGCAGAAGAGCGGCGUGUCCACGGCCUCGACCUGGAUCAAUGAGUGCAGCACCAGCAACACUCAGGACCCGGCCAUCUUGAGGAUCACGGUCAAGGUGGUCGGCUCUAUCAUAUUGCCCGACCCGCGCGCUCAGGGACCGAACUUGCUCGAGGAGCAGGAGAACUUCUGGGGGGCAAUCGAGGGCCAGGCCGCAGAGCCCGACGAGAAGGCAGUCGCGGCGGGAAGGAUGAUCGGGUCGCCUCUAGAGUUCGAGCUAAAGGGAGUAGGAAAGGUAGCAAUGGUUGAGCGGGUGAUUGAUCAGCUUCUCAGGGCGGUAGGCUUCAACAAUAAGCCAGGCCGAUCCCCGAGAGGCGAGCUAGUUUGGCAUAUUGAGAAGUAG